UGAGCGAGGCACGACCAGUAGCGUCGCUCACCCUCUCGCGUCAAGGUGCGUCCCGCGAUCUACCCCUCCGCUCCGCGUGCGUGCGGCAAUCUACCCUCACGCUUUUGCGUCCAAGCGCUCACCGUCCCAUUUUACGUUACCGGAUUCCACGUGCGGAGAGUUUGUGAAACAACUAUUUGACGUGUUUCCAAUCGGAUUGUGUUUUAUGUCGGGUAUAAAACCUGGUUAUUUCAUUAAAAUCUAAGUGUUGUACGGUGAAACUAUAUGAGUGUUACUCAACGUACCGGGAACCGUCGUUUCACAUCGUGCAGUGCGUUCAAAAGUGGUUUUGGAAGCGAAUUGAGUGAUUGAUUUUUCAGUUUUUCAAGAAAUCGGAAAAUUUGGAUGUUGUUUGAUUCAAAAUUAAAUUUUUGACGGGAAUCGUUAGAAGCGUUGAUAUACUAGAAACUGCUUUGGAUUUUACGGAGUGGUUCUUGUGGAUGGUUCAACGCGAUUGUUUGACGAUUAAUAAUUUUUGCUCUGGCUCCCAAGGGGAAAUUUUGGUCGAUCGGUGUGUGAUUUUAUGAUUUUUUAUCACUAAUUGUAAAAGAAAAGACUUGCAGAGCCUUUUCACAAUUUAUUGUUUCAAGUAUCAACGUUUUUCAGGAAAACUUGUUCAAAAGUGAAGAAACUUCGGAUUGGAUUCGUUAUUAUUGGAAUAGUUGCAAGAAUUAAGUACGCUACACUCUGAAGGGGAGCAAUAGAAGACCAAAAGUUUUUUUAAAGGGCCAUCCCGUGCUCGACUGGGCCCCGCUCGUGCGGCGGAAUGAUGGACGCGACGCGACGCGGCCCGAGCCUCGUUUUCGGUUUGGGACUCGGCCUCGGCGGAGUGCGGACAUAAAUCUGACGAGCCGCAGCCGCAACCACUCAGGCACCAUGGUCGCCGUCCCAGUCGCCGGGGCCCUCCUCCUGCUCCUGUUCCUGUGUCACCAAGCAGCCGCCUCCAUCAACGCUAACAGCUCGCUUGUCUACACUAAUUUACUGUCGACGGCGGAGACGCCACAGCUGUACCUGCUGGAGGACACGCCGGAGUGCGGCAAGCUGACGGGGCUAACCCCUGGCCAGGCCAAGCUGUGCGAACUCUACCGGGACCACAUGCCCGGGGUGGGCCGGGGCGCCAAGGCCGGCCUGGCCGAGUGCCAGCACCAGUUCAAGAACAGGCGCUGGAACUGCUCCUCGCUCCAGCAGCCGGGUUUCCUCGGCAUUCGGGUCGGCAUCGGAAGUCGAGAAGCGGCGUUCAUGCACGCCAUCAACUCAGCGGGCGUCUCGCACAGCAUAUCGCGAGCCUGCAAGGAUGGCCAGCUCUCGUCCUGCGGCUGCUCCAGCAAGAGCCGCCCCAAGGAGCUCCAGAACGACUGGGUCUGGGGAGGCUGCGGUGACAACCUCGAGUACGGCUUCAAGUUCACGCAAACUUUCUUUGAUCUGAAAGAAAAGGAGAAGAAGAUGAAGAAGAGCUCGCGAGAAUACGCGAGGAGCCUCAUGGAUCUGCACAACAACGAAGCGGGCAGACGGGCGAUCAUGAAAAAAUCUCGCAUUACUUGUAAAUGUCAUGGCGUGUCCGGGUCAUGCAGUAUGGUUACCUGCUGGCACCAAAUGCCCACAUUUAGAGAAGUCGGCGAUUUCAUCAAAGAAAAAUAUGAUGGAGCAGCUGAAGUAAAGCUAAACAAGAAGGGGCGACUGCAGAUGAGGGACAACCGGUUCAGCCUUCCAACUGCUAGUGAUCUCAUAUAUAUUGACCAGUCACCCAAUUAUUGCAUUCGAAAUCUGACCUUUGAUUCCCUCGGGACUCAGGGACGGAUUUGCAACCGGACUUCGAUUGGGAUGGACGGCUGCAAGUUGAUGUGUUGCGACCGAGGCUACAACACUAAGAAGAUGAUCGUGAAGGAGCGAUGCGACUGCAAGUUUCAGUGGUGCUGCUUUGUCGAAUGUAAAACUUGUACACGGGUCACCGAGAUCCACACUUGUAAAUAAACCUUUUAUCGAGUCCGUAGCCUCCCAAGUGGCAUUUUUCGAGAAAUCAAAUUUGCAAUAAAUUUUCAUUCAGAAAAUUAGCGCGUUAAUUUCCUGUCCAGAACCGCGGUAAAAAUGCUCCGCACGAUUGAGAGUAAGACUAGCGCCUGCAGUGUUCUCUGAUACCGCACGCUUUGCCGCAGAGUUAGUUUAGUUGCGUAACCAAACCAAACCCAACGUAGCACACUGGAUCGAGUCAGUGGGAAGGGUCGGACAAAAUAUGGAAACUUUAAACGCUGAUAUAACUCCGUUCGUACAAAACUUUGACGUUCUGAAAGUGGAUCCAUUGGUUUCCUCGUGAAAUUUGCUUCUGAAAGCACUCCUUGAAAUGCAAAAUGUGACUAAAUAAACAUCAAAAUUUUCAGUUUUAGUCAAAAAUUUAAUGUCCGACCUAUCUAAUUGACUUGAUCCACUGUGCGUAGGUCAGCACUCUAUUAUCUCAUAUAAAAAAUGAACGCUUAUCUCUUAAUCCUUAAUCAACAGAUGGCCAGUACACUAUACUUAUGAUCAUUGCAAAUGAUUCUUACCAGAGGAAAAGUGAGUGUCGAGAACGUGCAAUCCAAAAAUUGUAGUUUCAUUGCAACUUUGUUGCCAAGCCAUUUAACUCCUGGAACUAAAAAGUUUAAUUGCAACUGUUUUGCCAAGCCAUUUGACUCCUGGAACUAAGAGAAUGAGCAGCACGAAGCCACAACUAAAAAUUGUGAUAAUUCAGCAACUUUUUUGCGACUUCUUUUGAUAGAUAUACUUACAUUAAUAAAAUUGCAAUAAUUUGACGAUGUCAUUGCCACUCAUAAAGAUUAAUGCUACUUGGGCUGGAAGCUUGAAAAUAAAUGUCAUUCCCUCCCACAGCAGAAAAACAGGAGUUGCGCAUCCUAUAUUACUUCUUCACGAUCCUUUCCCUAUCAAGGUACCGAACUAAGAAAAAAACAGUUUAUUCUUCACGAAAAGAACUGCCGCGUUUCCUGCGCCUGUGCAGGAGCCCGUCAAUUUUCAUCAUGGCUUUUGCGGAGAAAUGCAGAUUACAUAAAAACUUGCGACAACUCCUUGCGCCAAUGUCCCGGCAACUAUCAUCAUUCAGUAAAAAGUAUUUGCACAAUUUGCUUCUUUCUCCCUCUUGAAUUUACAUUUGAGGGGCUUGAAGGGUAAGACACAUUAGUGCAGUUUUUGAAAAAUUUGAGAUAAUAAUGAUUUUAAGUGAAACUAGUCUUAAUGCAUAUUCUGUGUAAAAUUCGCACUAAAAUUCCAGUUUUUAAGCAUCAAAAAGUUAGUUUGAACUUUCUUCCGCCAUAAGGAUUCAUGCACCUAUAAUAUGAAAACUUCAAAGAUGUAUUUCUUGAAAUAGCAAAAACUGCACUUAUGCACCUUGUCCUCCAAGCCCCUCAUAUGAUGUGAGUGGAUUCCCAAGUUCUUAUGCAAAAAUUGAUGGCUCUCCUCCAGAGAAUAUAAUUGAAGUGCAGAGAGCAGGAGGUAUCCUUCUCAGGUGCAGUGCGCCUCAGAAUCUCCAGGAUAACACUUCUUCUAGUGUAAGUAAAAGCAAAUGCAUACAUAUUUUUUGAAACUUCCUCUGAAUAUUUUCUGUGAUUCUACAAGAUUUUGGACUAAGUAAAAAUGUCAUAGAAAAAUCAUCCAUUAGAUUCCUCUACAAAACUUUUAUUGUUAGUUGAGAUUCUGUAACACCGCAACCGAGAGGUGCUCGUCCUGCACCCAGCACCUCAAUUAGGUAUCAUUAACUACAAAGGUACAGCAAGAGUGGGACUCGUAGCAAUAAGAAACUUAUCAAGUCAGUAGUAUGUAGAUCACGUUUAAGUUUUUGUCACUAAGAUUGUUUGUUUAAUUUUGAUUUGUACAUAAGUAAGGCAUAUUGUUCAUUUUGUACGAUUCUAGUGUCUACACUUCUACUUUCUUAUCUUAACUUCCUUUGUGUAUUUUUUCAAGUAAAACUUUCGAUCUAGACUUUUUA